AUGGACGCGUCGUUGUGCUAUUUGGCUGCUGCAAUCAACCGCCAUUCUGACGCAGCGAGUGUAUCUUCAGACUCACAAUGGAUUGCAUUUGGGUCCCACAAGUUUGUCGCCCUCUGGAAUCUAGGAGCCAAAAACCGGAUUAAGAGUACGAUAGUAGGACAUAAUGGACAUGUUACUUGCGUUCGUUUCGUCUCUGGGAGAUCAGAUGCCAUUUUGGUGGGGGACGAUGAAGGAUUUCUUUACCUCCAUCACCGACAAGAUCAAUCAUGGCACCUUGUGCACAAAAUCAAAACCCAUUCGCAUGCAGUCUCUGCCCUGGUAGAACAUGACGGGAUUAUCGUCACUGGAUCGUCAGAUAUGAAACUCAAGCUGUGGAACCUUCCUGAACUGGACAAUACCAACGAGUCGUCAGGGGGUUUGAUACUCGAAUUCACUCAGAAACAGGUAAUUGACACUGGAAAGCGAUUCCCUAUCGCCCUUGCAAUGUCCAAACUACCUGGAACAUCUGUCCAAUUAUUGGCCGUUGGGCUCACGGAUACAAAGAUCAGAGUUUUUGUCGCAUCCGGUUCUCAGUUUGCAGAAGCAGCCGUCCUCCAAGGACAUGAGGAUUGGAUCAAAGCUCUUGACUUUAGUCUACUCUACACUGCCGAAGACGGUAUAAGCUACAUCACGCUGGCCUCUGGAUCUCAAGAUGGUACAAUACGGCUUUGGGAUAUUCGACAAGCACCAGAGGCUGUCGACAAGCCGACAAAGGGAGAUCUUGAUGAUCAGCUUCUUGACGCGUUCGAGGCAUCGCUUGGGGAAGUCGGCGCAGAAGAAACUGGUCGCCAAAUAUCAAUGAAACAGCACAUUGUCAAAGUGACUGAUGGCGAGAGAGCCUACAACUUUCAUAUCACUCUAGAUGCCCUGCUCAUUGGUCACGACGCUGGCGUGACAGACGUAACGUGGAUGCCAUCGCCAAACUCACGCAUCUUACUAUCCACCUCUGUCGACUCAUCCGUUAUAUUGUGGUCGUCAAGUGACUCCACGUCCCAAAUUUGGACCAACCGCUAUCGAUUUGGAGAUGUUGGCGGCCAACGGCUUGGUGGCUUCGUGGGAGGUCUUUGGGUCGAUGCGAAUCAGGCGGUAGCCUUUGGCUGGAACGGCUCAUUCCGUCGGUGGAACUAUGUAAAUGAUCAAUGGCAUGAAGUACAAGCCGUCACAGGUCACUCAGCACCGGUUCAUGGUAUUGACUGGGAGCCAUCAGGCCGAUACUUUAUUUCUGCCAGUCUAGACCAAACUGUUCGCAUUCAUGGACCGGUAGAAGACCGAUGGACAGAAAUAGCCAGAGCGCAAACUCAUGGGUACGACUGUAUCCAGGCUUGCUUUCUCUCCGAUCUUCGGUUUGCCUCUAUAUCGGACGAAAAGGUUGCACGCGUAUUUGAUGCACCUGGUGCAUUUGUUCGUUUGGCAAGCGUGCUUGGUUUGCGAUCCACCGACGAAGAUGUAUCAGCACGACCAGUCGCCGCAAAUGUACCUCCUUUAGGGCUAUCAAACAAGGCUCUAUCAGAAGAUAAUGUAGAGCAGAGUGUGAAUAGUUUGGAACGUGCACCAUAUGAAGCAGAGCUCGCGUCUGUGACACUAUGGCCAGAAAUUGAGAAGAUAUUUGGGCAUGGCUACGAGUCGAUAUCACUUGCCGUCUCACGUUCAAAAGCGCUCAUCGCAACAACGUGUAAAGCUACAACCGCCAAACACGCCGUAGUCCGACUCUACGAUUCUCAAAGCUUCAAGCCAUUUGGAACACCCUUGGAAGGCCACACACUCACGAUAACGAGGGUAGCAUUCAGUAAAGAUGAUGAAUUCAUCCUUGCUGGAGGUAAAGAUCGUACCUGGCAUCUAUGGAAGCGUAACGAAGAUGGAGGUUACAGCAACUUUAUUGCUGGAAAAGGUCAUGCAAGGGUCAAGAUAUGGGAUGCGACUGGCGAUCAAUCAAAGCUCCAGAAGCCACUUGCGAAUCUCAAGAUGGAGCAGCCGGCGACCGCAGCCUGUUUCUCCUCGAUUCAAUCAGAUGGACGGAUCCUAAUGGCAAUCGGUCUCGAGACGGGAGAGGUUCAAAUCUAUGCAUCAGAGUUGCCAUUCGAGCAGUGGAAGCUGAUGCUGAGGUUCCCGCCAAACGUCACUCACAUUGACCAGAUUCGACAACUCGCAUGGAGGCCAUCUCCUGAAGGCUUAUUUCUUGCGUCCUGUAGUGACGACGGCUCUGUUCGUGUGAUGGAGAUAACACAGUAA